CUGCCGCGCGCUAAUAGGCGCCUUUAGGACCUUGAAGACGCUCUGAGCAACUGUCGAUGCCGCAAAAGGGGCAGUUCCUUAGCCCAGAUAGAGGCUGUUUACCAAGAAAACUGAGUUCUCGUCGAAAACAAGGGCUUGAACUGCAGCGAGAGAAAGAGCAGUGUGACUGAGAAAUUCAGCAUAGGCUCUUCUGCAAAAAAACAAAGAAAAACUAAAAAAAAACAAACAAAAAAAAAAAAACCGCAGAUAUCCUCGACGUUAACAUUUUUUUUUAAAAGUCUGUGCAUUAUGCGCUUGUGAGUUGUUUUUGUCUGCUUUUAAAAGGAUAUACUGUAGCUGAACGAAAUGAUGUAUUUGCUGCACUUUGUUUUGAUGAGUGUCGUAUUUGUGGACUGUGCAUCGAAUAUUGAAGAAUGCACAAGAAGUAACGGGGUGAAAUACCGAGGGGAACAACAAAUCACUUCUACGGGAAAGCCGUGCCUUAACUGGGUGAACAUAACCAGAGACUACGACGUGUCAGUCCACACUGACGCGGAGACUGGCGUCGGGGACCACAGCUACUGUCGUAACCCAGAUUCUUCCGACAAGCCGUGGUGCUAUGUGCCGGACCAGGAAGGCAACGUUCAAAGGCAGGACUGUGCCAUCGCGGCUUGCAAAGACCAAGCGCCUGACGUAGCGGAGGCCGAGACCUUCCCAUCAUCCUCCUCUUCGGGGGAGACCCAGAUCUUCGAGCCGGCCCAGGCCGCCCCGGCGCAGAGCGAGAGCGCCGCGGUGCAGCCCGUCAUUGGGAUCAGCCAGCGGGUCCGAACGGGACCAAAGAAGAAGAAGGACCUCGGAACCGUGGGCUACAUCCUGGGCAUCCUCAUGAUGGCCGUCAUCAUCAUCCUGGGCGUGGGAAUAACGCUGGGCUACUUCUACAAGAGGGGUCGGGACCUGAAGAAGCAGCACGAGCAGAGGGUGUACGAGCGCGAGAUGCAGCGAAUCACCCUCCCCCUCUCGGCCUUCUCCAACCCCACCUGCGAGCUGGUGGACGAGAACACCGUUGUCAUCGACCCCCAGCACACCCCCGGCGAGGAUGGGGUGGAGGGCGGCGAUCCUCUCAUGGGCCAGGCCGGGACCCCGGGGGCCUGAGGGUCGAGGGGGCGGGGCCCGGCGACGCGGGAAAAAAAUUGACGGAAAAUAAAAUUACCACGGAUCUCAGAGGAGAGAGGCUACCCUACAAACUCACCACCCCCUACUUAUAUUAGCCUUCUGGAAAGGAAAUGGGACUAACAGUCUAUACUCAAUGGUAAACUCAUUGUUCUCGUUUCCUUUGUGUAAAUGCGUAUGUCUAAAUGGGGAGGGAAAAAACCAAAAGAAGGAUUUCCUCACCAUAGAGGCAAUCAGAUGUGCAGACAAUGGAUGAGCUUUGUGCAAAAACAAGUGCAUGUCAGGGACGCUUGGUGUAAAAUAUUUUAUUUUUUUAUAUUGGAAAACAUCCUUUAUGGGUGGCAUGGGUUGCGAUUGUCCUUCUUAGCUGUGCGUGUUUCAAGGGAGAGAUGUAAAGUUAAUCGAGAGAGGUAGCGACACUGAUCCCGGUCCCACACAGCUGAGAGGGGGAAACAAAAAUCAUAACGCUUGUUUGUUAUGCUUUUGUUUUCACUCCGAGAGCGCGUCAGGAUGAUUUAAGCAGUGUCCUUUUCUGCUGCGGGAGGACAGGAAGACUCCUUUUCUCGGUUGUCCUGUUGCUGAUCAGUAGCAGGUCUGAGUGAAAGGGGGGUUAGUGGAGCUUAGACCAUGUCCCGAAAACACGAAAAGUGAUUGUCACGUUGGAAAUUACCCAACAUGCCCUGUGUGCUUUGGAUUUGAAAUGGGUGGUAGGGUUCCUGGAAAUGCGCAGGCGCGAGGCGAAACCGGAAAGUCCGGUUUCGGAGAUUGGAAGUGUUCAAAUGCAAAACUCCAGUGCCCCCCUCUUGUCCCUCCGUCGGGAGUCGUGGAAAAACAUGUAACGAAACUGCUCAGCGCUUGAACAGGCACGUCCUCGGUGUGCUACAUUUGAAUGUAUACCCCCCCCCCCCCACGGACCCCCCCCCCCCGUAAUAAUAACAGCCCUUUUGCGCUCAGGACGUAACCCAGAAACCAGUGCCGGGCGGAAGUAUUCCCUCCUGGGAGCGUGCGGCUCAGCGUUAGAUCAGCGGCUCGGGUUGGAAGUAUAAUGAAGGCGUAAGCAGGGUGUUCUGGAGCCCGUCAGGUUCAUUUAACGGUCGUAAAAAUGAGGGGAAGCAGCGCGAUGACGCGCCCUCAGCCAGUCCGUCGCCUGGGCGACAGGCUGUCGCUCGGAAUCUUGAGAUUGGUCCGAGGACACUCCCUAAAAAAUACAAAAAAAUAAAAUAAACGACAACGGAAAGAGAACCGUAAUGCGAUUACCGGGGCUUAUUCUGUGGCACGAAACAUCGUUAGAAUCAUUCGAUUAUUCGUCUGCUCCUCAGAGGAAAAGCGGAUGGUUCCAGGGACAGAGCGGAAAGAGAAAAACGGAUUUUCGAGCAUGUCGAGUGGUGUGAAGGUCUGCUGCCAUGUCGUUCGGCCACAGUGCAUCAUACGAGCCCUACUUUCACCAGGACAAAAUAAUCAGAUCACAACUUUGUUUAAUCAUUUGGAAAGCUUGAAUUAUAGGUAACGAUAAAUGAUUGUUCGAUGGCUACCACUUGCUUUGAACGUUAUGAGAGUAAAGUGUGCCACAAUAUUAUUUUUUCUGCUUUGUCGUGUCUAAUUAUCCAAAGAUUGUUGUAGUACUAUUACAACGGCACAUAACAGUCAGCAGUGUACCACACAUAUUUGUAGGAUAAACCUUGAUGUGGAUGUAAUUUAUCCAGUAUCUAUUUCUGUUCUGUGAACCUACUCUCAAUCUUCACAAAUCAGUGGUCAUUAUUUUUUUAUUUUAAAAAGCUGGAGUUGAACUUUCAGUUGACCUGAAUACUGGAUAAUUAUUAAAUUGUUGCAUUUUAUUUGGGAUGACUUGUGUAUUUUUUCUUAAAAUAUGCAGCUACUGUUUCUUUUGUUUUAAAUUUAAAACAGUACUUGCAUUUGUAUAUUUAGCAGUUUAUACUGCUGUGACUGAAAUAAAAAAGAUUUUUGAAAAUG